AUGAUGUCACAUAUCCAAUCGGCUCCAUCGUUUCGUGAGGAAGAAAGCGCGUCGUCACAUUUGCAGACCAACUCUAUGCAUCCUGGGUUCAGAAAGUCAUCUCAUUGUGUACAAGGGAAUGCCGCGCUUAGUCAGCAGCAGAGGCGAUCAUCUCAAGGUUCAAGUUCGUCUUCCAGCGGACCAUGUAAUAUCUACUCUCAGCAACAAUCGGCAAGCCCAUCUCGUAGUGCUCCCGGUCCUCCUCCAGCUCCUCCGGCUCCACCGGUUCCCAUCUCAACAUCUUCCUCUGGUCCUCCUGCUCCACCUCCUCCUCCACCAGCAAGUUCUGCUCCUCCACCACCUCCUCCACCUCCACCCAACCUUCUGAAGAGCGAUGCUUCUAGAGGAACAAGUUUUGCGGACCAGCUUCGAGGUGCACAACUGAAGAAGACUACUGCUGCUAAAGACGUUCGUUCAGUCUCCAUCGCGGAUCCCUCUUCGGUUUCAGCCCCUAGCGUUGCUGGAUCCUCUCACGUUGAUCUACUAUCGGAACUAGCCGCAACCUUCAACAGGAAGAAAAUUACCCAAGCCAAAGCAGAUGCAGCCGACUCCAAAUCCAAUGCCAGCAACGGUUCAUCGGAUAGCGGAUGUGGUACAAUUCCACCAGUCAACGGCUUUGCAGCGCCAAACACAGGGAAUGUACCGCGUAAAUGGGAACCAGUAAAAGCGAAUGGUAAUACAGACAGUCCCAAAACGCACAGAAAAAUUCCAUCGGGUUCUUCGAUCUCCUCACAAGAAGAAAUGAAGGCAAAUGGAACGUUGGCUGGAGCAGUCAUAACUCCUGAAUUUCUCGAAAGGUACCGUUCUUAUCGUUCCGAGAGCCUGCAUGGUUUUUCUAAGUUACGGCGCAGCAUAAAAAAGAGUGCGGUGUAG